UUGUGCGAGUGCUCACGAAUAAGAGGUGGCAUCGGUACGAGACGAAGGCGCGACGAGGCUCGGCGAGAACAGCCGAAAUGGAGGAGAACCAAACAUCGGAAAGUGUCGCCGGAAUACCGGACAUAACCGAAUCGUUGUCGAGCGAGACCGAGGAGGCGUCCGCACUGACGAACGAGCACGGAGCGCAAGCUGUCGCGGUCACGGCGAGCGUCACUGCGGUGCCGGGCGUGCCAGGUGUUCCUGGAGUUGGUGUGCCGGUUUCACUACCUGUGGGUUCUAUCAUCGGAGUAGCACAUAACUCCAAUGGCACGACCUUCAACGUCAUCACCUCGGAAUUGCCGGGGUCAGGGCAGUUCAAGCAAAUGCUAUGUGUGGAUAACGGGUUCAUUUGCGAACCACGUAGUGACAAGGUCACGGAUCCUUUACGUUGGAAUGGUGAGCUGAAAGCGACUCAUAUAGUAAUUCAAAAUCCAAACGCAGAUGAAACAGAUUCAGAAUCAAUACAUGCCGUGUCUACGGCCAGUUCUGGUCAACAAAUAUACAGCUGGUCUGAGUCAGCGAGUUUGGCUGUUCUACCUGUCAGAUGCAAGAACACAAAUGCCGAGUUGCAUAAGAGUAGAUUUGGUUCGGGUGGUAGGGGACGGUGUAUCAAACUGGGUUCACAGUGGUACACACCCAGUGAGUUUGAGGCUCUUUGCGGUAGAGCAUCUAGCAAAGACUGGAAACGAAGUAUACGAUUUGGUGGAAGGAGUCUGCAAACACUUAUCGACGAACAGAUACUAAAGCCACAUGCCACUUCUUGUACUUGUUCUGCGUGUUGCGACGAUGAUAGUGCAACAGGACCGGUACGACUAUUUACUCCGUACAAGCGUAGAAGAAGAAGAGACAGGGAACCGUCCGAUGGGGAUCCUCCCUCGCGAAAAUCUAAGAACGAUAAUUCGCGAGACGGCAGCAAUAACGAUGAGAGUGGCGAUGAAGUUGUUGUACCUGACAAAGAGGUCGCCUGGCCGCAGUUCGUUUCUGCCGACGGAAUGGUUGUGCAGCAAUCUCAGGAACACAACUCCGUUGUGCACAACGUACAUCAUGCGGAAAACGGUCUGGACGAUACCUUCAAAAAAUUGGACGACACGUCAAACAAACUGAUGAAAUUAGCUUGUGAGUUUAGACGUAAUUUAGAAGAAGCCAAGGAACUAUGUAGGCAGAGGAGGGAACAAGCAUUGGUCGCGCAACUUGGAGCACGAGCAGAUGUUAUCGAAACUGUUGGACUACAACCGGCAUCUAACUCAAAUAAUAAAAAGUGCGCGAACUGUAACCGAGAAGCUUUCGCGGAAUGUUCGUUGUGCAGGCGCACGCCGUACUGUUCCACGUUUUGUCAGCGCAAGGAUUGGGGUAGCCAUCAGGUGGAGUGCGUGAAAGGCGCGGCGGAGACCGUGAUGCUUAUUGUAGAUGCUAGCAGCAGCGGUGAUACCGCGCUUCCGGUAACUGCAACGGACCAAUAGCUAGUGUUUCUCACGCCGAUUCACCAAAGGAAUACGGAGGAUGAAAAAUCCGGCAUAAUAAGAGCGCUAAAAGAAGAAACGCAGACUUAAAGCAACUAGUAUAAAAUUAAGAUGUGCAAAAAAUGAAAAUGUACGAAAUAUAAAAUAGAAAAGAUACUUACCCGGGGAGAUAUUUAACAUUUCGAAGAAUAAAAAACAAACAAAAAAGAGAGAUACAGUAUCAUAAAUGAAA